UGCUCUUCCCUUCCAUCGCCGCUCAUGUGUUUUUGCCAGGAAAGCAAAAAUUCCCGAGAGUGGAGUCCAAAGAGUUUAGAAACACAGCGGAAGUGUUACCCCUCAGGAGUGUGUGUGUGUGAGUGUGUGUGUUUGAGAGAGAGAGAGAGAGAGAGAGAGAGAGAGAGAGAGAGAGAGAGAGAGAGAGAGACUUCAGGUUGCAUGAUGUGGGCUCGGUUGCUGGUUGGGGUCGGGGUCGGGGGUUCCGGGCUCGGGCUGCGGGCUUCCAGGGACGGUGUGCUGCGGGUCGCUGGAGCUGGAUGUGCGGGGAGGCAGCAGCAGCAGAGGCAGGCGUCAAGUGCGGAGGCUGCCUUGAAGAAAACCCCGCUGUUUGACUUCCACAGGGAGCAGGGGGGAAAGAUGGUGGAGUUUGCGGGCUGGAGUAUGCCUGUCCAGUAUAAAGACAGUCACAUCGCCACGCACAUGCACACCAGAGAGCACUGCUCCAUUUUCGACGUCAGCCACAUGCUGCAGACCAAAGUCCAUGGCAAAGACAGGGUGAAGUUCAUGGAGUCUCUAGUAGUUGCAGAUAUUGCAGAACUCAAGGACAACCAGGGUACACUGACUCUAUUCACCAAUGAGAAAGGAGGAAUUAUUGAUGACCUCAUAGUGACAAGGACUGACCAGGGCUACCUCUAUGUCGUCUCCAACGCUGGCUGUGCUGACAAGGACUCGGCUCGUAUGAAGGCCAGACUGGCAGAGUACAAAGCUGCAGGGUUUGAUGUGGAUUUGGAAUUCCUUGAUGAAGCGCUGAUUGCUGUGCAAGGUCCAUCCAUGUCUCAGGUGCUCCAGGAGGGACUGAAGGAAGACCUCAGUAAGCUGACCUUCAUGACCUCCGCCUUGGCCACUGUCUUUGGUGUUCCUGGUUGCAGGGUCACCCGCUGCGGAUACACUGGAGAGGACGGGGUGGAGAUCUCCGUCCCACAGUCCAGAGUGGUGGAGCUGACAGAGAAGCUGUUGGCUAACGGUGAGGUGAAGCUGGCUGGUUUGGGCGCCAGGGACAGUCUGCGGCUGGAGGCAGGGCUUUGUCUCUAUGGCAACGACAUAGAUGAGACCACCACGCCUGUGGAGGCCACCCUAGUCUGGACCAUAGGAAAGCGUCGGCGUCAGACCAAGGAUUUCCCCGGCGCUGACAUCAUCGUACCUCAGAUAAAAGCCAAGACAGCCAGGAAGAGAGUCGGUCUGGUCUCCACCGGCCCCCCCGUCAGACAACACACACCCAUACUUGGGCCUGAUGGAAAGGUCAUAGGUGAAGUGACCAGCGGCUGUCCCUCUCCCUGCCUGAAAAAGAACGUCGCCAUGGGUUACGUGGAUGCGGCAUUCGCUAAGAACGGAACAGCCAUCCAGGUCGAGGUCAGGAAAAAAGCAGUGCCCGCCAUCGUCAGCAAGAUGCCCUUCGUCCCCACCAACUAUUAUUCUGGAUAGGAGGGACACACACACACACACACACACACACACACACACACACACACACACAAACACACGGUACAUACACUUAAACUGGACCAUUCCUUCACUCUGUCCCACAAAUGCUGCCCUCUUCUGUUUAUCUCCAGCUAUGCAGUUCAUUGAGAGAAAAUAUUACAAAUAUAUAUAUAAUACAGUGUGUGUGCUGGUCUAAUGUGAUUAGUCACUUUCAUAGUGAAGCACAUUAAAUGAAUAAGAGUUUGUAUUAGAGACACUAAAGAAGAAACGCAUGGUACAGUUCCUUAGUAUACACAUAGAUUUUGUGGAGAACAUUUUAAACUGGAGGCUAUCACUCUGCAGACAGCAUGCUACUGUUCUUGUGUGUGUUUAAGCAACGCACUGUCCAGUAACUAAGUGGAGUCUGAGAAUGUAUGUAUGAUAGUAUGGGCAUAGAUGCUCUGGUAACAAAGUUUUUUAAUUUUUUUUUUUUUAAUAAGUGGAUAGCAGGUUAAACUGAACCAGCAGUGAGACUGUGUGGAUCCAAUACACAAGUAUUUAAUUAACUUCUUGUUUUAGAAUAUAGGUUUUGCUAAUGAAACAUGACAGCAUUUACUUUGUCAUCGCUGGACCAAAACAAAGAGAUUCCAAAUGGUUCUUUUGAUGUUAUUUCACUACAUGUCUGCAGUUUUUCUUUCAAAUACCACAGAGCCAAAUGUCCAUUCAUUUUAUUGUUAGUUGUAAACAGCUUAGUGAAGGGAGGUCAAACAGGACCAGCUCAUAAUCCUUCCAACACAAAACCCCCACCUGAAAUAUGCCAAUUAACAUAAACCUGCCAGUUCAGUUUGUGGAAUUAGCAUUUUUUGUGUUAAUUAGCAGAUGUUCUCAUCAAGUUCCUGUUUGGAGGGAUUUUGAGGGAGUUCUGGUUCGCUCUGUUGAUAUGGUCGAUAACCUGACCAGAUUGUUUCUCAGACUGUCUAUAAUGUAAUAAUAUAUUAAACCAGAGGGAGAAAUGUACACUACAUAAGUUAGAAUGAUAACCUAACUUGAAAAUAGGUUCAUUGUCAUUAUGUCUGUUCUGUCUGGCAACUAAUGAAAUUUAAUUUCUGUAUUAAACUAGAACAUUGUCUUUGGACUGUCUGUGCAGCUCUGAAUGUCUUGUUUCAUGAAAAUAAUAACAUGCUUAAUAAUACUACUGAUUUAUAGGUUGUCAGUUUUUGCCAACUCUGUCUUGAAGGUGCACUUUGUGUGUCACUGUGGAUUUUAAUCUGUAACUGAGUUUUCAUGUACAUUUAAAAUAACAUUGUUCAUUUGAUUAGAAAAUAUUUUCUUUAUUAAAGACAAUUUCAUUUUC